CCUUCCUUCCCCAGCCAUGCCAUCAGGAGAUGCCUACUGGCUGAUUACAGCCCCACUCGAAGGCUCCGGCCCGCACGAGGUCCACUCGCAAGUCUCUCACCUCCUCGUCGGCAGCAGCUCCUCAUCCGCUGGCUCCUCCUCGUCCCACCCUGUUCCUGCCAAUCACUUGUCACCACCCAUCUCCCUCCCACCCUUGCGCGUAGGCACCUUGGCCAACCUCAUCGCCUUAUCUGAGUCCCUUCCAAAGAGCGAAGCUUCAGCGCAGUCCUGCCUAAGCAAGAUCCGAGACACACUCUGCUCCCUUCUCAACGACGACCAAUCCGCCAUGUCCCAACAUCUCGUAGUCAAGGAACAAUCACUCGAUGAUUAUCUCCUAGGCGGUUGGUCUUGGAACGCAGCGAAAUAUCGCGUCGAGCAGCCACUCGAGGAUGUAGUGGCUAGCUUGGAGAGGGACGUCCAGAGCAUCGAUAGCGUCACAAAGGCAAAGGUGCAGAACUAUAACGUGGCAAAGGGACAGUUGACUCAGUUGCAACGGAGGAAGAAUGGCAAUCUGAGCGUGAGGGGACUGGCGGAUGUGGUGAGCAAGGAGGACUUUGUUGCCCAGGAUUCCGAAUUUCUCGAAACACUCCUCGUAGCAGUACCCCGAAAUAACGUCAAGGACUGGUUGGCAAAAUACGAGCGUCUCACAUCGAUGGUCGUACCACGUAGCAGCAACAAGCUGGCGCAGGAUGACGAGUAUGCCCUCUACAACGUGACGGUAUUCAAGAAGGUCAGGGACGAGUUCGUGCAAAAGGCAAGGGAGAACAAAUUCCUCAUUCGCGACUUCCAGUACAGCGCCGACCUGGCCGAGAAGACGCGCGAGGAGCUCGAGUCAACGACGCAAUCUGAGAAGGACCUCUGGACUGAGCUGCUUCGCCUAUCACGCACCAACUUCAGCGAGGCAUUCCAGGCUCUUGCGCACCUCAAGGUGGUUCGGGCAUUCGUGGAGAGUGUGCUGCGUUACGGCUUGCCCGCAGAGUACUGGGCUUGUAUUGUCAAGCCAAACCCCAAACGAGUCAAUCCUCUCAAGACGGCGCUUACCACUCACUUCAGUUCCCUGGACGCGAGCAAGCCCAAGAGCAAAGACAAUGGCAAGAGCAGUGGGGGGCAGACAGGUGAGGUGCCGGGAGAGUAUGCGAAUCUUUUGGACGAGGAGCAACUCCCAUUCGUUUGUGUUGAAGUGCCGCAGAUGAAGGGGGAAUGAGUUAGCAUCCGGACGGGACGCCGAGCGUAGAAGUGACGAGGGGAUCGGGGAAAGCGAGGGCGCAGAGAGAGGGGGGAGGGGGCAGCGACGUCUCUUUGGCCAUCGUUCCACGGCCGCAUUUCCCACCCGCGUCAUGGUGCUGCACAUACAUUUGCUCUACACCCCUGCUUUGCUCUCUGCUUUGUUGAAUUCUAUAUAGCACCGUACAUGACUCGCGACA